AUGCCACCAAAAAAGAAAGAAGAAGCUAAACCAAAGCCAUUGAUUGGUCGAGUUGGUACUAACCUUAAAAUGGGUAUUGUAGGUUUACCAAAUGCAGGAAAAUCAACUUUUUUUAAUAUUCUCACUAAAUCAAGUGUACCUGCUGAAAAUUUUCCUUUUUGUACGAUCAAUCCAAAUGAAAGUCGAGUACCUGUACCUGAUCCACGCUUUGAUUUCUUAUGUCAUCAUUAUGAACCAUUAAGUAAACAACCGGCAUAUCUCAAUGUAGUUGAUAUUGCUGGUCUUGUUAAAGGUGCAAGUGAAGGUCAAGGUCUUGGUAAUGCAUUUCUUUCACAUAUAAAAGCAUGUGAUGGUAUAUUUCAUAUGACUCGACUUUUUGAUGAAGUUGAUAUAGCUCACGUCGAAGGAAAUAUUGAUCCAAUACGUGAUAUGGAAAUAAUUCAUGAUGAAUUAAGACUAAAAGAUCUUGAAAUGGCAAAAAAAGUCGCCGAAGAUUUAGAAAAAAAAGUCGUACGUGGAAAUGAUAAAACAUUAAAAAUUGAUCAUGAAACAAUAAAUAAAGUUUUACAUUUGUUAAAUGAAGAAAGAGGUAGUCUUCGUUUUCAUGAUUGGAAUGAAAAAGAAAUUGAAGUACUUAAUAAACAUUUAUUUAAUACAUCAAAACCCAUGAUUUAUUUAAUAAAUAUGUCAGAAGAAGAUUAUAUUAAGAAAAAAAAUAAAUGGUUAGGUAAAGUUAAACAAUGGAUUGAUGAACAUGAUCCAGGUGCAACUGUAAUACCAUUUAGUGCUAAUUAUGAAUUACGUCUAGUUGAUUUACCACAUGAUGAAAGUGAAAAAGUUAUUAAAGAAACAGGAGCACCAAGUACUUUGGAAAAAAUCAUUCUUGCUGGUUAUCGAGCAUUACAAUUGUGUUAUUUUUUUACAUGUGGAAAAGAUGAAGUUAAAGCAUGGACAAUACAAAUUGGCACAAAAGCUCCACAUGCUGCUGGACGUAUUCAUACAGAUUUUGAAAAAGGUUUUAUUAUGGCUGAAGUUAUGAAAUAUGAUGAUUUUAAAGAACAUGGAAAUGAACAUGCUGUUAAAGCUGAAGGAAAAUAUCGACAACAAGGGAAAAAUUAUACUGUUGAAGAUGAUAUGUCGUGGAAUUCUCAAGAUUUUUUUUCUUCUUCUCCAUAUAAUCAACAAUAUACUGGAUCGAUAUCUUAUGAUUUUCAGCAACAACAACAACAACCACAACAAAAUUAUUCUCUUUCUCAACCAUAUACUCAAUAUUCAAAUGAUAAUUUUAUACCAUCACCUUAUAAUUUUAAUUCUCAAGUAAAUAAUAAUCAAUUUUAUUAUCCAAAUCAUUAUAUAUCACCAACAGCUACUUCAAAUCAAAAUGAUGAUGAACCACCAUUAUUAGAAGAAUUAGGUAUUAAUUUCGAUCAUAUAUUUAAAAAAACAAAAUCUGUUUUAAAUCCAUUUGCAAUACCAGAUCUAUCAAUUCGUGAUGAUAUUGAUCUUGCUGGUCCACUUAUAUUUUGUCUUAUAUUUGCAUUUAGUCUUUUAUUAUUUGGUAAAAUACAUUUUGGUUAUGUUUAUGGUAUCGUUACAUUAGGUACAUUUGGUAUGUACGGUUUAUUAAAUUUAAUGGCAUCAUCAGAUAAAUCAUGUUCUGGUUUAUUUGUAAUAAGUGUACUUGGUUAUUGUCUUUUACCAAUGGUUAUUCUAUCAUUUUUAUCAUUUUUAUUUAAAUUUAAUAGUUUUAUUAAUAUAAUACUUACAAUAAUAUUUAUUCUCUGGUGUUCAAUAUCAGCAUCAAAACUUUUUACUAUAUCAUUAGCAAUGAUUGGACAACAAUUACUUGUUGCAUAUCCAUGUGUUUUAUUUUAUGGUGUUUUUGCUUUAUUAACAAUGUUUUAA